AUGUCGCUGGCCAAAGUCAGUCCAGACGUGAUCAGCUGCACCAGCGCCAUAAGUGCAUGCGAGAAGGGCAGACACUGGGAGCGCGGAAUCGUGCUCUUCAACGGAAUGCCCGGCACAGGAAUCCAUCCCAAUACCUUCAGCUACAACACGGCACUGAGCUCUUGCAAGCGAGGUGCACAGUGGCCAUUAGCAUUGCAUCUGUUCAGCAACAUGCAUGCUGCUGCCAUCCAGCGCGACAUCAUAACCUAUAACACCACCAUCAGCGCUUUUGAAACAGGCGAACAAUGGCAGCUCGCUUUGCAGCUCUUUUCCGGUAUGGUCAAAGAUCAUGUCGGCCCAAACGCAAACAGCUACUAUCUGACAAUCACAUCCUGUGAGAACGGAAGCCACUGGCAGGUGGCUUUACAGCUAUUCCAUGGCAUGCCCCUGGCUGCUGUUACUCCAGACGUCUUGACUUACAACUCGAUCAUCAGUUCUUGCAGGGGCGACAGACAGUGGCAGCUUGCUUUGAUGCUAUUCCGCUCCAUGCCACAGGCGAAGGUUCAACCAGAUGCCAUCUCCCACAAUGCUAUUAUCACCUGCGCGGAGAGAUCACGAAUGUGGCAGCUUGCGCUGCAGCUUUUCGAUGAGAUGCCUUUGGCAAAGAUCCUUCCCAACAUCAUAAGCUACAACGCAGCGAUAGCACUUUGCAGCAGAGCUGGGCAGCAAGCUCUGGCAACGCACCUCUUUGCCGCAGUGUCUAAAGCCAGGCUCCGGCCUGACGUUGCAAAGCUGAUCAGUUUAAGGAAGGGCAGUGAGUGGCAGCUCGCGAUGGUCUUCUUCAACAAUCUGGCGAGCGCCAAAUUGAAAGCAGCUAUCAGCUUUGCUGCGGUUGGCAGUGCUUGUGAGAAGGGCCUGCAGUGGCAGUUGGCGUUGCACCUAUUCCAUGAGAUGCCAUCUGCACGGAUUGCGGUCGAUAGCAUCGCAUGCAACUCUGCAAUGACGGCUUUCAAGGGUAGUGAGGAGUGGGAGCUGGCAUUGAGUUUGUUUGGGUCUAUCCAGGAUUUCAGUACGACGAGGGACAGCAUCAGCUACGGCACUACGAUGACUGCUUGUAAGAACAGCGAGCAAUGGGAGCUUGCCUUGCAACUCUUUCAUGACAUGCCUCGGGCUUCACUUACUCCUGAAAUCGUAACGUAUAUCGCAGCAUUGAGCUCCACCGAGAAGGGCGCGCAGUGGCAGCUGGCAUUGGCUGUUGCAAGAAACAUGGCGGCGCAAUGCGUUGAAAUGAAUCUGCAAGCAUGGAACGCAUUGAUUGCUGCCUGCAGGGCUGAGUGGCAUCUAGCAUUUCACUUUCUUGAGGAAAUGCAACGAGAUUUGGUCACUCCAGACAUUAUCACGUUCAACACGCAUUUGACUGUUCUGGAACAGUUUGGGGACUGGAAAAGUUCUCUAAAGAUUAUCAGUGAGAUGUCUGCGCGCGAGAUCCUCCCAGACGUCCGAUCCUACAACAGUAGCUUGUUCUCUGCUGCGCAAGCAGGACACUGGGAAAUUGCCUUGGUCUUGUUCAAUGCUAUGGAAUCUGCCACCGUUUCGCCGAACAUUGUCAGCUACAUGGCGGGCAUGAGAUCUUGCGAAGAUUCCGGUCAGUGGCAACGGUGUUUGCAGUAUUUGUCAGACAUGCACCGUUCUCAGAUUUCUGCGGAUGUGUCUGCCUAUAAGGCUUUGUACCAUUGCUUCUGGAAGGCAGGCUGCUGGCAGCAAUCUCUUCAGGUUUUCUGGACCAUGGUAGAAGCAGAGGUUCAUGGGGACAAGGUGUGCUAUCACGCCCUCUUUGGCCAAGUCGAUAACCCGGACAUCGCCUACGAACUCUUUAAACACGCAGAAACAGCAGGCUUAUACCCACUACUUUUCCGCAAAGGAUGGCCUUUUUUGGAUCUGCACGACCUGUCAAUUCACACGGCCUAUCAGGCUGUAAGGUACUGGCUGUCGGAGGUGUUGGCUCCCCACCUGCCAUCCUCCUCGAGGAGCCGGCUCUUCAUCAUCACUGGCUGGGGCAGUUCUCUCCCAGAGGAAGAGAGACCCGGCGCAGGUUUCUGCAAUGUUCGGGACAAGUGGAACAUAGUCGUAGCGCAAGUAGUCUUUAACCUGUUGGGGGAUUCUACUCGCUAUAUAACCCCAAAGAUGCAGCUUCAUUUCCGGUAG